AUGCCCGUGGCUCCCGUAAUCGUCUACCUCACCGGCUACCGGCAGCAUGCCGGCAAGACCGUGACCAGCCUGGCAUCAUCUCGCAGCUCCGCCGCGUGCUCGAUCCCGUCCACGAUCGGCUACAUCAAGCCGGUCGGCCAGGAGGUCUCCACGCUCCGCGACGGCAUGCAGGUGGACAAGGACGUACAGCUCCUGUCGGUGUUCAGCUCCCUUCCCGGCUUCGAGCCGCGGCACCUUUCACCGGUGCGGUUCACGUCGGGGUUCACCCGCAACUACCUCGAAUCGGGAGACCAGGAGGCGCUGACGCGGACGCUGGAACGCCGCAUCCUCGAGUCGGUGGCAUCGCUCGCCGACAAGAAGGUGAUCAUCGCCGAAGGCUCCGGACACCCGGGCGUCGGCGCCAUCGCCGGCCUGUCCAACGCCGACGUCGGCAACCUGCUGAACGCGGAGAUCGUCUUUCUGUCCGAGGGCGGCAUCGGCCGCGCCAUCGACACGCUCGAAGUCUACAUGUCUUAUUUUCUGCACAAGAGAUGCCGCGUGCGCGGCGUGAUCUUCAACAAGCUGAUCCCGGAGAAGAUCCGCACCCUGCAGCGGUACCUCACCGAGGACGCGCUCAACAGCCGGUUUCCGGGCUUCGGCGGGAACCUGAGCAUCCUGGGCUUCAUUCCCACCGUGCAGGACCUCCCGCAGCCGUCCAUCGAUCUGGUGCUCAAUUCGCUGCGCCAUGCCGAGGCGAUAGGUGAUCCGCGUCAUCCCACCUGGCAGCGGCCGUGUCGGACGAUCCGCGUCAUCUCUUUGCCUGCGCAGUUCCUGCGGCCCGCGCAAGCGAUCCGGAGACGCGAUCUGGUGGUCAUCAGCGCCAACUCCUCACCCCGGAUCCGCAGCAUCCUCUCCUACCACCGGCAGCUCGGCGCCACGCGCGGAAUCGGCGGGUUGGUGCUGACCUGCGACGAAGGUGAAUCGCUGGCACCGGAGCUGCGCGCCGAGAUCAUCGGCGCCGGGCUGCCGACCGUAUUGAUACGCGGCGAUUCGGCGGCCACCGAGGCACGCCUGUUCGGGCUCUACGAGAGCACCAAGCUGCAGGUGUACGAUGUCGACAAGGUGCGCGAGGUCGAGGAGCUGUUCAGCGCCUCCUUCGACGUGUACCGGUUUCUGGACGUCUUCGGCAUCGAGUAG